CAAUCUCUCUCAGGAAUCCAGCUACUUAGGCCCUUAUCAACGCUCCUGUUUUAGGGCCCUCUAACGGUCCUUUUUAGGGGACAGAGAGAGGCAACAAGUUCUUUUUAUAAAGAGCCCGGUGAUAAGGCGAGUAAGAAAACAGCGGCGAAGAGAAAGAACACCCAGCGGGCCUCCUCUAACGUUUUCUCCAUGUUUGAGCAAUCACAGAUUCAAGAAUUCAAAGAGGCGUUUGGCUGUAUCGAUCAGGACCGAGAUGGCGUGAUUAAGAAAUCAGACCUGAAGGAAACUUAUGCACAAUUAGGAAAACUGAAUGUAAGCGACGAGGAACUAGACGCCAUGUUGGCUGAGGGUAAAGGACCCAUCAACUUCACGGUCUUCCUCGCUCUCUUUGGAGAAAAACUCAAUGGUACCGACCCAGAGGACACCAUUCUCAACGCAUUCAAACUAUUCGACCCCAAUAGCACUGGCUUUGUCAAUAAGGAUGAGUUCAGAAGGCUUCUGAUGAACCAGGCAGACAAGUUCUCAGCAGAAGAGGUGGAGCAGGCUUUUUCCUUGGCCCCGAUCGACGUGUCUGGGAAUAUCGACUACAAAUCUCUUUGUUAUAUUAUCACACACGGGGAUGAGAAAGAGGAAUCGUAAAUUUAAAAAAAAAUAAGCAAAUAACUUGAACAGGUUGAACUGGCUGUUGGAUACAAAUUAUUGGUUUAAAAAAAAAAGUGAAUUUAGAUUAGACUGUAAAUCUGUGUGUGUGUGUGUGUGUGUAUGUGGAGGGGUGUAUUUCAAUUAUAAUAAUCAGCAUUAAAGGAAUACUCCGACUUUAUCUACCCCAUCUGUAGUUUAUAUGCAAUAAUCACUACAGACAAGAAUUUCAUGAUGUUUUCCCGUACUGAGAAAAGAGCAGAACACUAGUUCGGUCAAAACUCAAUUAUAAUGGAAGUCUAAGGGCAGUUGUUGUAUUCUGUCAAUAAACGUUUAUGCAAAACA